AUGAACCGAGUAUGGAAAAUUCCCGAGCUGGUGGAUACGAUUGCUAUCCAUCUGGAUCUUUCCUCACUCACCUCUGUGGCUCGUACGAAUCGACUCUUGUGGAACGUAUCAAUCGCUUUGCUUUGGGAGACAAUCACAACAGACGCACUUGCAUGUUUGAUACGCGCGCUAGAGCUGGAGAGACAAUAUUCCGUUCAAUAUUCUCCGACCGCCUUGGACCGCUUCGCCCACCACGCACAGUACGUGCGAUCGCUAUGUAUACCCCAUGGCAUACGUCCCACUGUCCGGAGGACCUUGCAACGCAUCCUCGAUCAGGCCGGAAAGGGGAACCUAAGGGUUUGGUUUCGAAUCGCAAGUAUCCAAGUUCCCGAAGGGGAGGAGAGCAACGGGCUGUACCCUUACUGGAUCGACGCCCAGGCGGAGCUUUUCCGAGCUUGUCUCUCCCCGAGCGUGAGACAAGUCAUCAUCUCCAUUGGUACCAACGCGCUCCGAUAUUUGAAUUACUUGACAACACUGCUCGAAGGUAUCAUCGGAAGAUGUCCCGCUGUCGAUUUGUUACAAGCUCAGCGGCAGUUCAUUGGUAGUGGUGUACAGAGGCUGUCUGUGGAAUUCAAAGACGCGCUCCUACGUAUCAGCGCGAAGGGAUACCUCCGCUCAGUUCGAACGUUUGUGAUGGACCUGUGGGCACUGGCCCCGGAAGUUCUGCAAGCACUCGCACGACUCCAUCAGCUCGAGGCACUUCACAUUAAGGUUGUUCCCGGCAAUAUUCUGUUCAAAGAGAACAUAUACCUCCGGAUUUUGCGCGACCUCUCUACCGACUCGUUUCGUGCAAUGAGUGAUGACGCCUUUCCGGCUAACUCCUUCCUUGCUUUACGCACCCUGGAUGUUGACCUACCGAGCAACAUUUUAAAGCGACUUCUAUCCGUCACGCCUGGUAUCGGUACCUUACGCGUCUGUUUCCCUCGCUGUGAAGGCUCGCUUUCUCUGCAAGCUAUAUCUCCUCCGUUGCGCCUACAGUCUCUCUCCCUUAACUUCGCCAACUUGCAUUACGCGCUCACAGAGAACCCCGACUCACUCCUUUUACCGUUUGCAGUGUGUAAGGAGAUUCGUUAUCUCUCCUUGGAUCUCCCUUUUGUACAUGCCUUCUGGGACAAGGAUCUUGAGAGGAUUGGCGUGAUGUGGCCAUGUCUCCAACGUCUCCGUUUGACUGGCCUUUGCGCUCCAAUCACUGUUUCGUACACGGUACGAGGUAUCCACUCCCUCUUACGGCGGUGUCCAGAUUUGGACGACUUGGAUCUAUAUAUGCCAAUUGCACAAGAGGUGAUCUCUCAAAUGAGCGACGAGAUUGUCGUGCUACGGCCGCUCAUUAUUCGACCGCUCGGCAGUCUGACGGAUACAGACGAACGCACAGCGGUUUCUUCCUCAGCGGCUCGUUUAUAUGUCCUGUGUCCCAACGUACGCAUUUUGCCGGACCGGGUGAGUGAUUGGGAAGGGGUUAUGGAGCACCUGCAGCUGCUGCAGCUAGGGGUUUGA